CGUAAAACUAGUGGGGGUUGUAGUGGGUCUGCAGGUCUGUUCGAGUCUGUGCACAAAGAGAAGUUAAAAAAAAAAACACAUUUUGCAGACAGCGCACGUGUCAGCUCGUUUAAACAGUCGGGUCUUGUGUAUUUUGUGUAAGAAGGUCGUUUUUGUUUCAGAUGGUCUCUGCUUUUUCUUGCGGACGCUAGUUAGCUAACCCCAGCUAAUCGUGCGUGUAGCGGCUCGGCGCUGUGUGCUGGAACCAGAGAGCCACCAACCUCCUGAGGAAAAGCGCCCGGUCUGUUUAUAUACUCACUCUAACCCCGGGGAAAUGGCCAGGUCUACAAACCUGAAGGCCUUCCUGGAGUCCUCUCUGAAUGAAAUCUUCAGAGCGACGGUGGGGAACAUCCUGGACUCGGUGGACGAGACUCUGUCCGAGUACCAAGGAGAAAUACGGCGGAUCGUGUCCGAGAACGAAGACCUCAAGAAACGGCUGCUGGUCCAAGAGGCCACAAAAGGCUUUGUGAAGACAGAGAAUGACGAUGUUGCUGUUGCUGGUUUGGACCUAUCGAGACAGACCUCUCUUCAUACUUCAUCCAGUGCAUCCACAUCGAGGAGUCAAAGAAAACGCCCAGACCCUAGAAAGCAGAGUGAAACUCAGACGAGGAUCAGCAGUGAUUCAAAGUCCAGGUUAAUGAAAUCAAGUUCUCAACCUCCAGAGAGCAGUGGUCUAACGCUUCAGAUAGAUAAGGCUACAUCAAGUACCCCAUUGACUUAUGUAAAGACUGACCCUGACUAUAAAGAUGGCUCUGUCAUCAAUCUCUCGAAUAUGCAGGCGCCUGUUAAUUUCACGACUAAGCAAAUUAAAGUAGAAUAUCCCGUGGAGAACUUUAUAGGCUCUGAAAGUUAUGAUCGGACUGUGCUUCCGCUAGACCGCUGCAAAGUCGAUGAUGGUGAGGUCAGGGUGACGGUGGUGUCUGAUAAGCACUUGCAGAGCCCUUUAAGUGAUGAGGAUGAAGUUGCUGAAGUGGUUGACGCAGGUCAUGUAGGUCAUGCAUCAUACAUGAAUAUUGAUGGUCCGUCUGAUUGUGCAGUAAUAGAGGACCAUUCAGAUGUUGAGGUGGCUGUAGAGUUGGAGGAGGAUGUUGAAUUGAUUAGCGAAAAUUCCAACUCAGAAGAAGGAGCACAAGGUAAGAACUUCCCGUGCAGCAUUUGUGGCAAAAGCUUCACCCGCACAUCCUCGCUUAACAUCCACAUGAAGACUCACAGCACGGAGAAGGCUCAUAGCUGCAACUUUUGUGGUAAAGACUUCAGUCGUGCCGACCUGCUGAGGAACCACAAGCGCACUCACACUGGAGAAAGGCCGUUCGCCUGCAACUUGUGUGGAAAGAGUUAUGCUCAUCAGGGUCAGCUUCGCAUUCACAAGAGAGUGCACACCGGAGAGAAACCGUACUGCUGCCCACACUGCGGCAAACGCUUCAAGGAGCACAACCAGCUUAAAGUUCAUUUGCGAACUCAUACAGGGGAGCGGCCUUACACGUGCAGCGUGUGUGCCAAAACCUUCACAAACGCCGGCAACUUACGGAUCCAUAUCCGUAUUCACACUGGGGAGAAGCCAUACUGCUGCGGCCAGUGUGGGAAGCGGUUUAACGGCAUGGGCGACCUCAAAACGCACUACCGGAUCCACACGGGGGAACGGCCGUACAGCUGUGAUCUAUGUGGCAAAACCUUCAGCCAGACCGGCCACCUCACCAUCCACAAGCGCAUGCACACGGGCGAGAAGCCGUACAGCUGUGGCGAGUGUGGUCGAAGGUUUACAGUGGCCAGCAGCCUCAAACUCCAUCAGCUAACUCACACAGGAGAGCGGCUCUACAGCUGCUCACACUGCGACAAGAGCUUCAGCAGAACUGGACACUUAAAGAGGCAUGAGCAGCUCCAUUACAAGACUCGCACAAAUGAACCCACGCCGAGGAAACGGCAGGCGCCUCAGACUUCAUCCUUUGCAGCAGAAAGGACAGGACUGAAUAGUUAAAUUCUCAUUGGAUUUGCUAGUCUCAAAAUGGUAACAACGCAGGCCUUUAUGUGAAUGUUACUGUGAACUAAUAGCUUUUUGCACCGUGAUCUGUUUGUGUUGCCCUACAUUGCUUUUGUACGUCUUCUCUAGCCUUAAAGGAGCAUGAAAAAAUGUGAUUUAGUCUUGUCAUUAAGUGUUUGUCUCAUGAAUUGAAUUCCAUCAAUUCCAUUAGGGUGUGGGCAUUUCAGGCAAACUGAAAGUGAAGUAUAGGAUUGCUAGAGGCUAUUUAAGUAUUCUUACUCAUCUGAAUAUUAAUUGUUAACAGUGUGUUCACAAACUGUUUUCUGAUUUAAAGGAGUAGUUCAGUGAAGAAACUAAACUACUUAAGCCUGGUGCACACUAAAAUUAAAUUGAAAAUUAAAGUACACCUAACGUUGCUGAGCACACACUACAGGAAAGUCAUGACCUAUAUAAAAAUGGAUGAUGUCCAGUUAUUUGCAAGUGUAAAUUAAUCAUCAUCAAGUGAAAAAAGACACUUUGAAAUAGGGAUGCAUGAAUACCGAUACUGGUAUCUGUAUCAGGCCGAUACCACUAUAAAAUACUCAUACUCGCCAAUAAGGCCACAAUACCAACAUCUGAUACCUAGUGCACAUUGCUGCGCUAACAAACAGACAACUUUGUCAGUCAAGUAGAGCUGCAACGAUUAGUCGAUAUAAUCGACAAUGUUGAUUUAUUUAAAUUUGUCGACUACAGAUUUAAUUGUCGACUAAUCGAUAAUUUGUAACAGUAGUGCAUUACACAAAGUGCUGGGGAAAGAAGCGCAAUGGGAGAUGGGUAAAUGGUUCACUCACACAGUUUACACUCUACUUAGACUGUGUCUCCAAAAGUGCACAAACACAACAGAUUACAUAUUUACUUACUAAAUAUCAGUAGUUUCCACAUUUAAACAACAUCUAGACAUUUGAAUGUCUUUUAAAUUUCAUGUUCAGCUGUGUCUAUUGUUUUUAGAAAUGGAGGACAUGGCAGAAAUAAUCGUCGACUAAUCAAAAAAAAAAAUCAUCAGUAGACGAUUACUAAAAUAAUAAUUAGUUGCAGCCCUACUUCUAAUUAAUCAAAAAUGAUAAAAAUGGUAUCGAUGCAUCCCUACUUUGAAGUCCAGUUUGAGUGCCCAGAAUGUCCAGACUGAGACUCAUAUGUACAAAUCAAAUUUCAAACACCUCCAACUGUGGUUUUGAUCAAAUUUUCAUAUUUGCUAAAUAAACAAGUCCAGAAUUUCCCAAUUGGGCUCAGUUAUAACCUUUUAGUAAACAAUUGUUCUUUUGACUUUGUGGUGACAUAAACUCAUUGUUAAUGGAAUUCAGUGGAAUGCUGUAGAUGCAGCAGAUACAGAUUUGUUUGACAAACCUUUAAUUAAGGUCAAUUUUAGCCUUCUUGCCUUUACAGGGAAAAAAAUAAAAAUAGUUGUUAAAAUAAGUGUAUACAGUCAGAUUAAUACUGCUUGUGCAUGUAGAUCUAGCUGGUGCUAUAGCUGGAUUCAAGCAUCAUUGCAGAAGUUUUGAGUUAUGGAACGGUCAAAGCGGAUACUCUAAAAAAUAAUAUAUAUUUUUAGUUUUGCUUCAUGUAUUUUGUACUGCUUUACAGUGUUCAUUUACCUUAGAAUUUAAUUUGGGUGGAUUAGAUUUUUACAAACUCAUAAAAGGCUGUUCAGAGGAAUUCACUUAGCUAGCAAGCAUGAUAGCUAAGCAACAUUUUUUUCCAUUGCAGGAAACACGCAAGUCUGUCUGCUUGAAACUUCUCUUAUAAAUGUUUAGACGAGAAUGAUAGAUCAACUACAUGGAUAGAACAUGCGAUGUUGGGAUCUGAAGCUCACUUGCUAAGCUAGCCAUAGUACAGAUGCACCGAGUUACACAGAACUUUCCUGAGUACUGAUGAUAAAAAUUUGUGUCUAAGAGAGUGAAGUCGUUGUAAGCUAGCUGUGGUGCCUAACACCACAGCACAGACCGAUUUUUACCUAAAUGAGGCUCAAAUCACACACAAGUGUUUGGAGGCACACAUUGCAGGCUUCUUUGUCCAGGUUUAGGGACUUUGCCUUUGCUAAACUUACAACUGUAUUUUUUUACCCCACCUGUUUUUAGAAAGUAGCAUUAAAUUUAUCAGAGAGCUCCCCCAUCGUGUGGCUAUCUUAAAUGCACAUGAAUGAAUGAGCUAUAUUGACCUGUAUUAACUAGACACUGUUCUCAUUUAGAGAUGGCGUUAAAGUGUUUUAAUAUUGUUAUAUAUGGUAUUGCUGUUAUUCCGCACAACUGUAAUAUGAACAUUAUGUUGAACUUUCAUCUAAAAAGUUCAUAUUCAAAACUGAUGCAGAUGCUCGCAGAUGAAGAGUCUUCAUGCUAUUUUUAACAAUCGUUUAUGACAAUGUCAAGUUGGGUUGAUAAAAAAAAAAAGGUUGCAUGAACAUCAGAUUUCAUAGCAAAAAAAAAAAAAAGUGAAAAGUAAAAACUGGCACUCCUUGGACUUAAAUUACUGGUUGAGCAUCUUUCUGUCAUUCACACUGCCACACAGUUACUACAUCUGUGUUAACUAAGACAAAAAUGAUUGGAUUUAGGCCACUUUUCCAGUUGCGUGAUUGUGUAGCCUCAGUUGGUCUGAAGGUAAAUACAGUGGAAGCUCUGUUAGCUUAGGGAAGAAUGUUAAUACCUAGAAGCAGUAAUCCUGAAAUGCAGAGUUGGAUAAAGAAAAGUCAUUCAAAUCAAUGAUGUAUGUACACAUUUAAUUUUGAACUGUUUUUUCAUACAUCUUAAUGAAGGUCUAAAGGCAUUUGACAUCUAGAAAAAAUAUGAUACAUGUUUUGGCUGUUGUUUAAAUUGUGAUAAAUAAUAAUUCAAAUGAUCUGAAAUGUAAGAAUGUGUAAGAACUUGUAAAUGUACCUAUAAUUUAUUUGAACUGUAAUGUCUAUAAAUAGUAGCAAUGGCUUUAGCCCACAAUUGAGUAACAUAAAGAACAUAAAGUAAAGUUUUUUUAAUGUUAAUUAUUUAAUGUAAGCACAAAUGUGUUGUAUUGCUUGCAUUAAUUACUUAAACACACAAAUCUGCUCAAGUAGCACAUUACAUUGUUUUAAAUAACCAGUUUUAUUUUAAAUUACUUGUACAGUAUUUACAUGUAAACAGAUACAUUUUGCAACAGGUCCAAUACAUUUUAUUUCAAAACGAAUUGAAAUUUGUGUGUUUGUGCAUUGUAUGAUUGUGGGUUCAGUCCUGCCUCUGUUCUGGGUACUCCCUGUGUUUGUGUGGGUUUCCUGGUAGGUAGGUGGGCUGUUAGCUAUGCUAGGUUGCCCCCAGGUGUGAGUGAAUGGAUGUGGUGGAUGUGUGGUACCCUGGUGCCCUUUCCAGGGGGUAUUCCUGCCUUGUGUUUAAUUAUUCUGGGUAGGUUUUGGACCCACUGCAACAUCUGACCAUAAAGAACUGGAUGAUAUGAAUCAACAAAAGAAUGAGAUAAAUUUACAUUAAAGUUAAAACUGAAAAUCCAAAUGAUUCAUACUAAUUUUUUCCCUUUAUUUGACCUGGUUCAUCUGGCUGUAUAUGUCGUGUGUCUAUUCGUUCAUACCAUGACUGUAAAGUAUACUGUACCCUGGACUCUGUAAUGUACAGCUGUAUAUCAGUAAUGUAGCGGGUUGCAGAUCUACCUGAUUCAGUGAGGUAAAGUGAUACCAAAGAUUUUUUUAUUUAUUAUUAUGUGUAAUUAUGAUAACAUUAGAAAUCAUGCUUGCUUGCUAAGCAACAAUAAAGAUGAUUCAUAACACAA